CGGCCUGCCUUGGUGACGUCACAGCACUUCCUGUCUCCACCCGUUCGCAGCCAUGAUGCAGGAAGGGCUGGACGACGGACCUGACUUUCUCUCCGAAGAGGACCGGGGACCACGGGCGGUGAAUGUGGAUCUGCAAACGGACGCCACGCUGCAGGUCGACAUCUCAGACGCUCUGAGUGAGAGGGACAAGGUCAAGUUUACGGUCCACACCAAGAGCACACUCCCCAACUUCAAGCAGAACGAGUUCUCGGUGGUCCGACAGCACGAAGAGUUCAUCUGGCUGCACGACUCGUUUGUUGAGAAUGAAGACUAUGCUGGCUACAUUAUCCCCCCCGCCCCUCCCAGACCGGACUUUGACGCAUCCAGAGAGAAGCUGCAGAAGCUCGGUGAGGGAGAGGGAUCCAUGACUAAGGAGGAGUUCACUAAGAUGAAGCAGGAGCUGGAGGCAGAGUACCUCGCCAUCUUCAAGAAGACCGUCGCCAUGCACGAAGUCUUCCUGUGCCGUGUCGCUGCUCACCCCGUCCUCAGGAAAGACCUCAACUUCCAUGUCUUCCUGGAGUACAACCAGGAUCUGAGUGUACGAGGGAAGAACAAGAAGGAGAAGUUGGAGGAUUUCUUUAAGAACGUGGUGAAGUCAGCUGAUGGCGUCCUGGUGGCCGGAGUCAAGGAUGUGGACGACUUCUUCGAGCACGAGAAGACGUUUCUGUUAGAAUAUCACAACCGAGUCAAAGACGCCUCGGCUAAAUCUGACAGAAUGAUUCGCUCGCACAAAAAUGCUGCAGACGACAUCAACAGAAUCGCCUCGUCUCUUUACACGUUAGGCACACAGGACUCCACAGACGUCUGCAAGUUCUUCCUAAAAGUGUCUGAGCUGUUUGAGAAAACGAGGAAGAUUGAAUCUCGAGUUGCAGCAGACGAAGACCUGAAGCUGGCUGACCUGCUCAAAUAUUACCUGAGAGAGUCACAGGCUGCAAAGGACCUACUGUACCGGAGGAGCCGUUCCCUGGUCGACUACGAGAACGCCAACAAGGCUCUGGACAAAGCUCGCGCCAAGAACAGAGACGUCCUCCAGGCCGAGACCAGCCAGCAGCUCUGCUGCCACAAGUUUGAAAAGAUCUCCGAGUCGGCCAAGCAAGAGCUCAUUGACUUCAAGACGAGACGAGUUGCGGCUUUCAGGAAGAACCUGGUGGAGCUCGCCGAGCUGGAGCUCAAACACGCCAAGGGAAACCUCCAGCUGCUGCAGAGCUGUCUGGGUGUCCUGAAAGGGAACACCUAACUGUGCGAACCCGCCUACAUCCAACUAGACACAUGCCCCUUUGCUACAGCCCCGCCCCUAUAACUGUACACUCACAUCAUGGGGCGGAGCCGAGGCGGAUGGACGAUCAACACUGCAAGUUGUGGACCAGAGAGAGAGAGAGUGAGGCUUAAAAAAAGACUUAAUCAGUAUCCAGACACCGUCCUCUUCAUCUUCAUCUUCCUCCCCCGUCCUGCAGCACCUGUACAGGUUAUUGUAUCACACCUGCAGCACCUGUACAGGUUAUUGUAUCACACCUGCAGCACCUGUACAGGUUAUUGUAUCACACCUGCAGCACCUGUACAGGUUAUUGUAUCACACCUGCAGCACCUGUACAGGUUAUUGUAUCUCACCUGCAGCACCUGUACAGGUUAUUGUAUCACACCUGCAGCACCUGUACAGGUUAUUGUAUCUCACCUGGACUAGUCCUGCACGCUCCUCCUAAGUGAUGUUCAUAUGAUUAAAAAAACAUGUCCACUAGGGGGUGCUGCUGUGUUAGAAGUGAUUAACUUGCUGAGUGGUCAGGUGUCUGAGCGUCACUCAGGUGUGCAGCUCCUGCAGGAACAGGUCUUCGUAAGUCUGUGCUGCCCUCCAUCUGAACCUCUAGAGUGUCAGGACACCAGAAUUUAAACUUUGAUAUGAUAACAGUCCAAAUCCAACGAUAUAGAUGCCUGUUCGUUACCAUGGCAACAACGACAGAAGACUGAUACUGGGUAAUGAGUUGUUUCUUGUUAACAAAAAUUGCACACAAAACAUUUUGGAAACAAAAUGUUGAUAAUAUAUAUGUACAGUUUACAUUCUGUUGUUGUUGUUGUCUUGGUGACAAACAGGUAUCUCUAUCAUUAGAUUUCUUUUACUAGAAUCAUCAAAAUCUAAACUUCGGGUGUCAUGACGACCCCAAGACUCGGUGACUCAGAGUUCAACAGUCCUGAAGUCUGGUUCAGCUCUUAACGUGUCUGUCACUGCUCCUCCUUCUGCUCCUCCUCCUCUUCCUCAUCCUCCUCCUCUUCUUGCUCCUUCUGCUCCUCCCCCUGCUCCUCAGUUCUCUGUCUUAUCUGACAGUGUGUGUGUGUCGUUGUUUUGAGUGGGCUCUUGUUCCUGUUCUUAUUAAAGUGUAAUGUCACUAAAUAAACAGCCUUGUAUAUGUUUGUAUUAGUUAACUAAUGAACGCUAAUCUUGAUCAUCCUCCUCCUCACUAACUGUAGCCUGUGUUUCUUUGAGUUGUCUGUCAUUCCAGCCGGCGGAGGAGCGUCGCUCUGUUUGCCUUAACGUCGAUCAGUCGCUCUGUCGCUCUGUUUGAUUUCCUGUAAAGAAAACUGUUUGUUUUUGUUUGGUUCUUUUUUAAAGUGCACUGUACACGAAUGUUUUUUCACUCUUAUGUGACCAAAGCUUCCAUUUCUGAUUCAACGAAUAGAGGAAAAAAAAGAGAUGAUUCUGAAAUCACAUUUGUUUAAUCUUCAGCAGGUCUGUAAUCACCUGGUCAUACUGAGACUGAAUAAAACUUUACGGACACUUUUCUUAAACAA